UAAACAUGGAAAAUGGCGAAGACGAAGAAGGAUUCACCAUCAUUAACUAUUGUGUAUAUACACAAUGACCGGAGCAGAGCUAUCAUAUGAUGCUGAAUCAUUUUAUUGGGCAUAACUUUAUUUCGAUUUUUUGUUAAGUAAUCGUUUUUGUAGUGGCUUAAUUUUGUCGCACGAUGAAAACAUGAAAUCGAACUGGGAAAUAAAUAACGUAGUUUAUUAAAGGUUUCAAUGUAAAAAAAAUAUAAGGCAUCAUUUAUUGUAAAAUGAAGUAAACAACAACAAAAUAAAGAGUUAUAGGAACUAGAAUGUCGGGUAGACUUAACGCACAAGAUAAAAAGGACUUGGAGAAAUUUACAAAGUUUCUCAUUUUCAAAAGUUUACAAGUCAUCGUCCAGUCAAGACUUGGAGAGAAAAUAAGAACGAAGUCAAAACCAAUUUCUUCAGGAACUGACUGGUUCAAUCUUGCAAUUAAAGAUAUACCUGAUGUUCAUUCUGAGGCCAAACGAGCUUUAGCCAACCAGCAGCCAAUUCUAGGACAAAAUGUAUGUGUGGAGAUUUCACUUAAGACUUCAGAAGGAGCGACCAUGGUGCUGGAAACCUGGUAUAUUAGUCUAGACCAGGAUCAUUGUGAUAACAAUGUGAAAAUCUCUUACACAGUCUACAACAGGAUGGGCACUGCACUCAAGUCCCUGUUUACUGUUUCACGCGUCACACCUGCCUUCAAGCUGUCCAGACGUCAGGGUGUAUGCUCAGAUGAUUAUGUGAUUUGUUAUAGAAUCUAUGCAGGGGAUCCACAGUUCUUCAUGCUCGGUGAUGGAUAUCAGACCGCCAAGGUAGGAACGGUACCAACACCACAAGGGACCAUUUCCAUACAGCUGGCGUAUAGAACCAAACUGUUGAUAACACCACAGAAGACCUCCAGGGAAGUUGGUUUUGAAGUUAAAGAUGACCAUUUUAAAAAAGACAAUAGUCCAAAACGAUCAACGACCCCCAAACCCUGUUCUAUGGGUUACAGAAGAGAAAGUGUUGCUGAUUUGUCUGGACAAGCCUAUGAUGACACUCAGGACCUUUGCUCAACCACAUUUACUGCUAGUCCCACAGACGGUUUCCUUUACAAUGCUAUGCAGACUGGCUCUUUGCCACGCACCUAUUCUCAACCCAUCAGAAUAGAUGGCCGACUGCCUACCAGUCAAAGUGGAGAAGACUUCAAACCUACCAGUGCUCCAGAGAAACAAGCAAGUUUUUCAAACUUCCACAAGGUGGGAGCAUUUGCUCAACCAAAGACAAAGGACUACAAGUGUGAUGUUGAUGAGGUACCAUUCCUUAACCUCCUACAGCCUGCCCCACUGGCCAAGUUUGACAUUGAAGACCUGAGUGGGGACAGCAAAUCCACAACAAUAAAGAGUUCAUCCACAGCAGACCAUAUGGAUGGGUUAAGUGGGAGCUUGUCUAAGGACAGCAGCAGCAGUCAGACCUCUGCCCCUGAUGACUUUGUCAUGGUUGAACUGAAAACUCCUUUUGCUGGGGCUGAUCCGAACACAGACCUGGGAAAGUUUUACCGUGACUGUCAGGGAGCCCCGAUGUUGGAGUCAUUUAGCGAAGAGAAGAAUGUUGUGGAUACACUUGAGAUGAUCUCUAGUCAGCUGAUGAUCUUUGAGACGGACAUGAAAGACUUUGAUGCCUUUAUGACGUCUAUUACAGAAAGCUCUCAUGACGGAUCAUAGUGAAGGUCUGCUGACAUUAGAGCUUAGUCAUUGUCCCUCAACAGUUAUGGUGUAACUGACACCUAACAUGGCACAGGGUUCCUCUACAUACUACUAAUGUUACAGUAGCUCUCCUCUCCGAAUAUUGCCUUAAGCAAAGGUAACUGUACAUAACAAUUUGUGUGGGUAGUCUGAUGUAUCUGGGACCACGGGAUGAUGAUCUGUAUCCCCAUUGUGAUUGUAACCAGGUCAUGAUUGAAAAAGCUGAAGACAGAAUUACAACUUUGUAAUUAUUGAUUGUAUCUGGACAACUUAACCAUAUUUUGUUUGGUUUACAAUUCUUAUAAAUUAAUCUGAGGUGCAAACGACAGCAAAAUAUACAUUUAAGAAUAUGUAAUAACCAAAACUAAACUUGGGAGAAUAUUCUCUAUUGUCAAUGCAAUAUCAGACAGAUACACAGUAACAAGUUGUGGACUACAUCCAGACAAUGAGUGGCUGACAAUGCAAUAUUUCAUUAAGUGAUGUGUUGGUGAUCUAUUUGUUAAUUAGAUGAAUGCUCUUGGUUUGUAACCUUAAAUAUAUGUAAUCAUUGUUGCCUUGUGUGCGUGUUGAUGUGUUAUGUGUGUGAUUUCACUGUGAGAGACCGGAGGAUGAUGGUGUUAUGUGUGUGAUUUCACUGUGAGAGACCUGACAGAUGAUGAUGGUGUUAUGUAUGUGAUUUCACUGUGAGAGGCCAGACAGAUGAUGAUGGUGUUAUGUAUGUGAUUUCACUGUGAGAGACCUGACAGAGGAUGAUGGUGUUAUGUAUGUGAUUUCACUGUGAGAGGCCAGACAGAUGAUGAUGGUGUUAUGUAUGUGAUUUCACUAUGAGAGACCGGAGGAUGAUGGUGUUAUGUGUGUGAUUUCACUGUGGGAGGUCAGACAAAGGAUGAUGGUGUUAUGUGUGUGAUUUCACUGUGAGAGACCGGAUGAUGAUGGUGUUAUGUGUGUGAUUUCACUAUGAGAGGCCUGACAGAUGAUGAUGGUGUUAUGUAUGUGAUUUCACUGUGAGAGACCGGAGGAUGAUGGUGUUAUGUAUGUGAUUUCACUGUGAGAGACCGGAGGAUGAUGGUGUUAUGUGUGUGAUUUCACUGUGAGAGGCCUGACAGAGGAUGAUGGUGUUAUGUAUGUGAUUUCACUGUGAGAGGCCAGACAGAUGAUGAUGGUGUUAUGUAUGUGAUUUCACUGUGAGAGACCGGAGGAUGAUGGUGUUAUGUGUGUGAUUUCACUGUGAGAGGCCUGACAGAUGAUGAUGGUGUUAUGUAUGUGAUUUCACUGUGAGAGACCGGAGGAUGAUGGUAUUAUGUAUGUGAUUUCACUGUGAGAGACCGGAGGAUGAUGGUGUUAUGUGUGUGAUUUCACUGUGAGAGGCCUGACAGAUGAUGAUGGUGUUAUGUGUGUGAUUUCACUGUGAGAGACCGGAGGAUGAUGGUGUUAUGUGUGUGAUUUCACUGUGAGAGGCCUGACAGAUGAUGAUGGUGUUAUGUGUGUGAUUUCACCGUGAGAGACCAGCGGAUGAUGGUGUUAUGUGUGUGAUUUCACUGUGAGAGACCGGAGGAUGAUGGUGUUAUGUGUGUGAUUUCACUAUGAGAGACCGGAGGAUGAUGGUGUUAUGUAUGUGAUUUCACUGUGAGAGGCCUGACAGAGGAUGAUGGUGUUAUGUAUGUGAUUUCACUGUGAGAGGCCUGACAGAGGAUGAUGGUGUUAUGUGUGUGAUUUCACUGUGAGAGGCCUGACAGAUGAUGAUGGUGUUAUGUGUGUGAUUUCACUGUGAGAGACCGGAGAAUGAUGGUGUUAUGUGUGUGAUUUCACUGUGAGAGACCGGAGGAUGAUGGUGUUAUGUGUGUGAUUUCACUGUGAGAGGCCAGACAGAUGAUGAUGGUGUUAUGUAUGUGAUUUCACUAUGAGAGAUCGCAGGAUGAUGGUGUUAUGUGUGUGAUUUCACUGUGAGAGACCGGAGGAUGAUGGUGUUAUGUAUGUGAUUUCACUAUGAGAGACCAGAGGAUGAUGGUGUUAUGUGUGUGAUUUCACUGUGAGAGACCGGAGGAUGAUGGUGUUAUGUGUGUGAUUUCACUGUGAGAGGCCUGACAGAUGAUGAUGGUGUUAUGUAUGUGAUUUCACUGUGAGAGACCGGAGGAUGAUGGUGUUAUGUGUGUGAUUUCACUGUGAGAGACCGGAGGAUGAUGGUGUUAUGUGUGUGAUUUCACUGUGAGAGGCCAGACAGAUGAUGAUGGUGAUAUGUGUGUGAUUUCACUAUGAGAGACCGGAGGAUGGUGGUGUUAUGUGUGUGAUUUCACUGUGAGAGACCGGAGGAUGAUGGUGUUAUGUGUGUGAUUUCACUAUGAGAGACCGGAGGAUGAUGGUGUUAUGUAUGUGAUUUCACUGUGAGAGACCGGAGGAUGAUGGUGUUAUGUAUGUGAUUUCACUGUGAGAGACCGGAUGAUGGUGGUGUUAUGUGUGUGAUUUCACUGUGAGAGACCGGAGGAUGGUGGUGUUAUGUGUGUGAUUUCACUGUGAGAGACCGGAGGAUGAUGGUGUUAUGUGUGUGAUUUCACUAUGAGAGACCGCAGGAUGAUGGUGUUAUGUGUGUGAUUUCACUGUGAGAGACCGGAGGAUGAUGGUGUUAUGUAUGUGAUUUCACUGUGAGAGGCCAGACAGAUGAUGAUGGUGUUAUGUAUGUGAUUUCACUAUGAGAGACCGGAGGAUGAUGGUGUUAUGUGUGUGAUUUCACUGUGAGAGACCGGAGGAUGAUGGUGUUAUGUAUGUGAUUUCACUGUGAGAGACCGGAGGAUGAUGGUGUUAUGUAUGUGAUUUCACUGUGAGAGACCGGAGGAUGAUGGUGUUAUGUGUGUGAUUUCACUGUGAGAGACCUGACAGAUGAUGAUGGUGUUAUGUGUGUGAUUUCACUGUGAGAGGCCUUACAGAUGAUGAUGGUGUUAUGUAUGUGAUUUCACUGUGAGAGGCCAGACAGAUGAUGAUGGUGUUAUGUAUGUGAUUUCACUGUGAGAGACCGGAGGAUGAUGGUGUUAUGUAUGUGAUUUCACUGUGAGAGGCCAGACAGAUGAUGAUGGUGUUAUGUGUGUGAUUUCACUAUGAGAGACCGGAGGAUGAUGGUGUUAUGUGUGUGAUUUCACUGUGAGAGGCCAGACAGAUGAUGAUGGUGUUAUGUAUGUGAUUUCACUGUGAGAGACCGGAGGAUGAUGGUGUUAUGUGUGUGAUUUCACUGUGAGAGACCGGAGGAUGAUGUUGUUAUGUGUGUGAUUUCACUGUGAGAGACCGGAGGAUGAUGGUGUUAUGUGUGUGAUUUCACUGUGAGAGACCUGACAGAUGAUGAUGGUGUUAUGUGUGUGAUAUCACUGUGAGAGGCCAGACAGAUGAUGAUGGUGUUAUGUAUGUGAUUUCACUGUGGGAGUCAGACAGGAUGAUGGUGUUAUGUAUGUGAUUUCACCGUGGGAGGCAGACAACGGAUGAUAAGUGUUAUGUAUGAUACUUGUUUAAAAAAAUUGUUAAAUAUAAAUAACCUUUGAAAAAAAAAUCAUAUUUGUGAAUUUCUCUUGGAGUGUUUGCUAUAUGAUAAAUAUGCCUUAUGUUUUAUUUGAUCCCCAAGAUGGUAUGAUUUUACUAUGCAUAUACUGUCAUAACUGAAAGGUUCAGCCAUAGGUUCUUGAUUCAUAAAGAAAAAAAAAAUGUAGUACAUGAAGAUAUAUAGAUGAGUCGGAACCUACGGUUCAGCAGAUUGCUAAUUUCAGGCCUGCUUAAAUAACCCAAAUAACCACGUAAUAUGUGAUUGUAAAGUGGACUCUGCUUACAUUGUGUAUCACACACAAAGCAGGCUAUUUUAAGGCUAGCAAUGGUAGUUUCUUUCAAUAAUCAUAAACAGUUUUACAAGCAUAAUUAAUAUAUUUCAUGCAAUUUUUGUAACUGCAUAUACCUACAAAUGUAAUUACAUGUACAUUAUGUAUUUAUAUAUAAUUACCAUGUGAAGAGGUAUAUUGCUUUUGUUGGAUAUGACUUUUUAUCACCUGUUUUUACUAACAUCAGCUACAACUGUGAUAGAUAGCGUUAUCUUAAAAACACCUGGCUGUAAAAACUAAAACCAUGGAUAUUGAAUAUCCUUUUAGUCACUGGAAGAUAAUGUAUGCAACAUAGAAAAGUCUCAGUACAUUUUCUGACAAUUCAACAAGCAUAUUCGUUUUAUGUAAUUUUGAUCCUUAACAAGUUCUGACCAAGGUAAUACCAGUCGUAUGACCAAGGUAAUACCAGUCGUAUUUAGCAUGUUGUGUGACAUGUUUAUCUAACCAGCAUUUGUAUGCUAUUAAUACAUUGUGUACUUGUAAAUGUUUGAUGUACCGUAUGCCACAUUUGAAUGUAUUCUAGACUACACUCUGAGUGUCUUCUAGGUUAUAUUGAAUCCCCCAGCAGUAUAGGGUGCGAGUACAAGCAGUAUAGAUUGUGAGUAUGAGCAGUAUAGAUUGUGAGUGUGAGCAGUAUAGAUUGUGGAAACAAGCAGUAUAUAUUGUGGAAACAAGCAGUAUAGAUUGUAAGUAUGAGCAGUAUAGAUUGUGAGUAUGAGCAGUAUAGAUUGUGAUUGUGAGCAGUAUAGAUUGUGGAAACAAGCAGUAUAGAUUGUGAGUGCAAGCAGUAUAGUUUGUGAGUACAGGCAGUAUAGUUUGUGAGUACAAGCAGUAUAGUUUGCGAGUACAAUCAGUAUAGUUUGUGGAUAUGAGCAGUAUAGAUUGAGUGCAAGCAGUAUAGAUUGUGAGUAUGAGCAGUAUAGAUUGUGAGUAUGAGCAGUAUAUAUAUAUAUAUAUAGAUUGUGGAUACAAGCAGUAUUGUUUGUGGAUACAAGCAGUAUAGAUUGUGGGUAUGAGCAGUAUAGAUUGUGAGUGUGAGCAGUAUAGAUUGUGGAAACAAUCAGUAUAGAUUGUGGGUAUGAGCAGUAUAUAUAUAUAGAUUGUGGAUACAAGCAGUAUAGAUUGUGGGUAUGAGCAGUAUAGAUUGUGGGUAUGAGCAGUAUAGAUUGUGGGUAUGAGCAGUAUAGAUUGUGGGUAUGAGCAGUAUAUAUAUAUAGAUUGUGAGUACAAGCAGUAUAGAUUGUGAGUACAAGCGGUUAGUUUGUGAGUACAAUCAGUAUAGUUUGUGGGUAUGAGCAGUAUAUAUGUAUAUAUAUAGAUUGUGGAUACAAUCAGUAUAGAUUGUGAGUACAAGCAGUAUAGAUUGUGGGUAUGAGCAGUAUUCAUGGUAUGAGCAGUAUACAUUGCGAGUAUGAGUAGUAUACAUUGUGAGUAUGAGCAGUAUACAUUGCGAGUAUGAGCAGUAUACAUUGCGAGUAUGAGCAGUAUACAUUGUGAGUAUGAGCAGUAUACAUUGCGAGUAUUAGCAGUAUACAUUGCGAGUAUGAGCAGUAUACAUUGUGAGUAUAUGUCAAUGAAGUGCAUGAUUCAGAGGUCUAUGUUCUUUUUUGAUGGAAACAUUUGUGAUAUUAUUUGUGAUAUCCCAAACUUCUUAACCUAUUAUCAGUAAUUUAGAUGUUGAUAAUGAGUUUAUGGCUUUGAGUAAGUGUAUAUAUAUACUAUGAUUAUCAGCGACAGAUUUUAGAAGAAUACUUACUGAUAUAAUGUGCUCACUGAUGUAUCAUCAUGUGAUUUCUGUCUACAAGGAAGACAUCACCUGACGCUUCAGAAAUAAUUAUGUUGUGUUUGGAUGUACUUUACUAAUAUGUAACAGUGAAAUAAAAGUCUUUUGCCUUA